AUGUUCCGGUCGGUCACCACAGGAAGGCUUUCCGUGCUCAAGCAGUCUAAUUUUCGUCCUUUACGAAGCUAUAGCCAACCGAGGGAGCGCUUGCCUCAUUCUCAGUCACCAAUUGUUUCUCGACCCGAGUUCUUCAACACUGUAACGUCCAAUGGACAGCAAAUUCCGACCUAUCGUGUCCUGGACAGUGCUGGCAAGCUUCUGGAUGCAACCUCUAAUAUAGAGAUUGAUGAGCAGCUUGCACGAAGACUUUACGAAAACAUGCAACUACUACCGGCUCUUGACAACAUCCUGUAUAAUGUGCAACGGCAGGGAAAGAUAUCAUUCUAUUAUGGCGAGGAAGCUACGAUAACUGGUGCGGCGGCUGGUCUAGCUAUGAAUGAUGACCAAGCACAUUCGGCUACUGUUCUGCACGUUGACUUCCAGACUAUAGGGCAGUAUCGCGAAAUGGGUGUCUUGUUAUGGCGUAAUUUCGGGAUUCGACAAGUCUUUGCACAGUGUUUCGGGAAUCAUGAAGACAUGUCGGGAAAAGGCAGGCAAAUGCCGGUUCAUUUCGGAUCUCCCGAGCAUCACUUUCAUACUAUUUCCUCGCCCCUUGCUACACAAAUUCCACAAGCAGCAGGCGUCGCGUAUGCUCUCCGUCGUAUGCGAUCUGGCACAGUCGCCGCUUGCUUCUUUGGUGAAGGAGCCGCAUCUGAGGGUGAUUUUCAUGCGGGACUUAUGCUAGCAUCCACGAUCCCCUCUCCGGUUAUAUUCAUUGUCCGGAACAAUGGAUUUGCUAUCAGUACUCCCAGCACGGAACAGUACAACGGCGAUGGUAUUGCCAGUCGAGGACCGGGAUAUGGCAUCGACACCAUCCGUGUGGAUGGCAACGACGUGCUUGCCGUGAUGACCGCUGUAAAGGAAGCUAGACAGCGCUGUGUGGAGCAAGGGCGUCCCGCCUUAGUUGAGGCGAUGACUUACAGAGUAGGACAUCACUCGACUUCGGACGACUCAUUCGCAUAUCGGGCGAGAUCUGAAGUCGAAGACCGUAAACGCAUCGACAAUCCCAUCGUCAGGUUCCGACUCUUUAUGGAAUCUCAGGGAUGGUGGGAUGCUGAAGCAGAAGAAGCCCUGAAGACAAGGUUGAAAGCAGACGUCAUGAAGGAAUUCAAGAGGGCCGAGUCUACCAGUCUCUGUGAAGUCGGAGAAUUGUUUACUGAUGUCUACGGUGGUGAAAUGCCAUGGAAUAUUAGAGAGCAGCGCGAGGAAUUGGGGAGUUUGUUAAAGAAGUAUAGCAAAUCAUGGGAGCCAUGGCGAAAUCAGCUAGCGAAGUAUAAGAACGAAGGUCAGGAUAUAAUGAAGGAGUGA